AUGUUUGCGGCGGCGUUAAGAUGUACGAAAACGUUUUCUCGCCAAAUUGUGUGAAUAGAAUAGCAGUAGAAAUCUACCAAGAAUAAAAGUAUGCCUUAAAUCGGCCAGUGUGAUUCAACGCUAAAAAGUGAUCGAAAUAAACAAAAGAAAAACUCAUCUCGGGACGCGUAGCCCCGCCAACUAAACAGAAGGUGAAAAUUUAGAUUUCGGUGUGCCAGUGAGUGCGGAAAUGGUAGUUGCAAGUGCAAAAUACUGCGUAAAACGUGAAAGUUUCCAAUAACACCACAAGCCAACGGCAGUUUUGUAGUAAAUAUACAUACGCGCCCAGUACAUACAUACAUAUAUUUCGAAUAUACACAGCCGAAUAUCAACCGACGAAGCUAACUGCUUAUUGCUUAUUGCUGAUUGAUAUCCAAAAAGAAGUUAAAAAGUUACGUGGCACAGGCGAAUCACCGGCGCAACGACACCAGCAGAUAACCAGCAGUCAGACCCAAUUUCUCUACCCUAGAACUCUAGCGCAUUAGCCGCUUGCGGGGCGACCAAAUGCAUAGACAACAUAUGUCGCAUCCACGAGUAGUCCAAGACCAAGAGUUGCGACCCCGACCGUUUGUUGCAUACUACAUACGCUCAUAGAGGGCGGCCACUCACCCAGAGUAGCUAGUGAGUCCUUGCACUUGGGCAGGGAUCCAGGGAGACAAAGAGUGCUCAGCCAGCAGGAGCAGCCGUACAGGAUAAGAGGCUUCGCCAAGAACAGAGCAACGAAAAAGAUGAUGAAACGCACCCGUGUCGACGAGGUGCAGUUCGGCACACGACCCGGGCCACCGACUUCUGGUGGCGUAGGCGUUGGAGUCGUAGGCGUGGCUGGAGGAGGUCCAACAUCUGGUGGCGGUGGCACCGCCACCGUGGGUGUUAACACUACGGGCGUGACCAUUGGAACUGUUGUACCCGGUGCCCACAACCCAACCAUAAGUGGCAUUGGUUCCAUUCACCAUCGCAUCCUUACCCCACAGCAUGGAGGAGCCCAGACCAUUGCCUAUUUGCCGUCCACCACGCCAACGGCCACGAAUUUAAAGACCACAAGCUCGAUUGUGGACAGCACUACGGCUGGAGCAGGAGCCCAGGUGGCCGUGGGAAGUGUGGGCACCACAGCCGGCGGUGGAGGCGUGGUAGUGUCCACAGGUAGCACGGGAACACAAACAUUACAGUAUACCACAUCUUACAGCGUGGCUUCAAUUCAGGCGGGUGGAACUCUAAAAGCCAGCACAGCGGAUGGCGCCAACACAGUACAGAUUCAUGUGACCGGAGGAGCAGGAGCGAGCAAUCCUGCGAGCGCACAGACUGUGUCAAGCAGCUCACAAACGGGCACAAUCCGUCAGCGUACAAUCAGCGGCACCCAGACGGUAGCCACUGCGGUGGGCAAUUUAGCCACGAUGUCGCAACAGCAACCAGUUCAACAGCCACCCUUGGCCACCGCACAAACGCCUCCGUCGUCCGUGGUUGCCAAUAGUAUCCCAGUGGGUGGAACUACUCCACCGCAGGGACAGUCAGGUAAUGCCACGCCACGCUUGAAAGUGGAGGAUGCUUUGAGUUACCUGGACCAGGUGAAAUACCAGUACGCGGACCAGCCUCAGAUCUACAACAACUUCCUCGACAUCAUGAAGGAGUUCAAGUCACACUGCAUCGACACACCCGGAGUGAUUGAGCGCGUCUCUACACUCUUCAAGGGACACACCGAGCUGAUCUACGGCUUCAACAUGUUCCUGCCGCCGGGGUACAAGAUAGAGAUUCACUCGGAUGCCCUUGGCUGCUCGGUGCCAGUGGUUUCGAUGCCCUCACCAACGGGAGCGCCAACGAGCACUGGGACGGUGCACAUGCUCACCGGAAACAGUCCGAUGUCAGCUGCCGGACAUAUAACCAUCAAGACGACCAAUGCGGCAACUUUAACAUCGGGGACAGGAGCUGGAGCAGUGGCUGCAGCGGCAGCAGUGGCUCAGAUCCAAACGGCUGGAGCUGUCAAUCUAAUGACCCAUGGUGGAGCAUCGCUUACCCAGACCACUAUCCAUGCUCUGCAGCAGCAAGCAACGCCUCCCCAAUCACAAUCUCCAGGUGGUCAUGUGCACGUCAGUGUCACUAACUCUCCGGCGCCAAUUUCCGUAGUGCCUGGCCAACAACCAGCAAGCAUUUCUGUGUCGGCGCACAACGUGCCGCAGAAUUACUCGAGGGAUCGAGAAAGGGCCACCAUAACACCCACGGGUCAAGUGGCUGGUGCAGCGGCCAACGCAAAUGCCGCCGCUAGUAUUGUGGUUGGUGGACCUCCAACGCCGAAUUCCCUGAGUGAGCUAAGUCCGCACGGAGGUGGCGCGGGAGCGGCUCAGCACAACCUGCAUCACAUUCAGCAGGCGCAUCAAUCGAUUCUGCUUGGCGAGACUGGACAGCAGAAUCAGCCGGUGGAGUUCAAUCACGCCAUAACCUAUGUAAAUAAGAUCAAGAACCGUUUCCAAAACCAGCCGGCCAAGUACAAGAAAUUCCUGGAAAUUCUGCAUGCCUAUCAAAAAGAGCAGAAGGUGAUGAAGGAGGGCAGUUUAAACCAGGGUAAAAUGCUCACUGAACAGGAGGUGUACACGCAAGUGGCCAAGCUCUUUGGCCAGGAUGAGGAUUUGCUGAGAGAGUUCGGCCAAUUUCUUCCGGAUGCCACCAACCAUCAGUCUGGACAGUACAUGCCCAAGUCAGCGUCUGUGCAUAACGAUCAUGGCAAGCGUCCAACAGCUACUUUAAGCGGUGGAGCGCACAUCACCAUGUCAUCUGCAUCGCCAGCGCCGAGUGGUUCCCCUCUGCACUUGGGAGCUACGGCUCUUCCGCAGAUCGACAACAGUGCCCAUGCAGCAGCGAUUGGAAAUCUGUCGGCGGUAAACACCAGUGUCAGCAUUAAGACGUACAACAAUAAUCAGCAACAGCAGAAUCAUGUGAUCGGUUCCGGCCUAAAUGCAACGCGAAACGAUGUCCUCUUCGAGAAGGACUAUCACGCGGGACUGCAGCAGCAAGCGCAUCAGCGAGGAGCUGGAGUUGGAGGCCACCAUCAUCUGGCCGGAACUCCAGCGAGCACCAAUAUCGGGCGGCCUGGUGUGGGAGCCAGUGUAAUGGUGUCCUACGAAAAGGAGCACCGGAAUAAUCACCAUGUCCAGAAGUACGUGGGUCAUGCGCCAAAUCCAAAUCUUUCGCAUGGCCACAAUGCGAAGAAAUCACCCAGUUAUGGCAUCACAUCGGUAAUUGGUUCCAUGCCGCACAUGUCUGACAACUCCCUGGAUCGCAGUUCGCCUGGCAUAAGUUAUGCAACACCGCCUCUGCCCUCUGGUCACCAUGGACAACAUAAUUCCGGUUCGGCUUCAAGGCGGCCGGGUGAUGAUAGUUUAGUUGGCCACUACGCUAGUGGAGCACCGCCUGCUAAGCGACCGAAGCCUUAUUGUCGGGAUGUAAGUUUCUCGGAAGCAUCGAGCAAGUGCACCAUCUCGGAUGCCGCCUUCUUUGACAAAGUGCGCAAGGCGCUGAGAAAUCCAGAGGUGUACGACAAUUUUCUCCGAUGCCUGACAUUAUUUAACCAGGAAAUUGUCUCCAAAACGGAACUACUUGGACUGGUUUCCCCGUUCUUAAUGAAGUUUCCCGACCUGCUUCGAUGGUUUACCGACUUUUUGGGACCGCCAACGGCUGGUGGAAUGAUUGAUGGCAUGCCCUUGGCUGCUACGCAACGUCAGGGAGGCGGAAGUAGUAAUAGUUCCCACGAUCGAGGGAGUAGUCUCCAGAGUGCCGCCGAAUACGUUCAGGAUGUGGAUCUGUCUUCGUGUAAGCGACUAGGUGCGUCCUAUUGUGCGUUGCCUCAGUCCACAGUGCCCAAGAAAUGCAGUGGACGGACUGCUCUCUGUCGGGAGGUACUCAACGACAAGUGGGUCUCCUUCCCGACGUGGGCCAGCGAAGACUCCACCUUCGUGACAUCGCGAAAAACUCAGUUUGAGGAGACAAUUUACAGGAAUAUUCACAGAACGGAGGACGAGCGCUUCGAGCUGGACCUAGUUAUUGAGGUAAACAGCGCCACAAUCCGGGUGCUGGAGAAUGUGCAGAAGAAGAUGUCACGCAUGUCCACCGAGGAGCUGGCCAAGUUCCACCUUGACGAUCAUCUGGGUGGCACCUCGCAAACGAUACACCAACGGGCCAUCCAUCGCAUCUAUGGCGACAAGUCGGGGGAGAUAAUCCAGGGAAUGAAGAAGAAUCCUUCGGUGGCGGUGCCCAUUGUGCUGAAGCGGCUGAAAGUCAAGGAGGAGGAGUGGCGAGAAGCGCAAAAGACCUUUAACAAGCAAUGGCGGGAACAGAACGAGAAGUAUUACCUCAAGUCUCUCGACCACCAAGCCAUCAACUUCAAGCCCAACGACAUGAAGGCCCUGCGUUCCAAGAGUCUUUUUAACGAAAUCGAGACCCUGUACGAUGAGCGUCACGACCAGGAGGACGACGUCAUGGAGCCCUUCGGCCCGCAUCUGGUGCUGCCGUACAAGGACAAAACCAUUCUGGACGACGCCGCCAACCUGCUGAUUCACCAUGUGAAGCGACAAACUGGAAUCCAGAAGCAGGAGAAGCAGAAGAUUAAGCAGAUCAUCCGACAGUUUGUGCCUGACCUCUUCUUUGCGCCACGGCAGCCGCUGAGCGACGAUGAACGAGAUGACGCCUUUCCAUUUUUGGUAGAUGACAAUACAAAAAUGGACGUGGACUCGCCACUGGGCCGAACAGAGUCGUCGGCCAGAAAUUCUAAGAGUAUGCCCAGCGAAGGUGCAUCUCCGGCGCGUAGCAAUGCCAGUAGCAGCAGCGGAACACCGGCGGGGAUUAAGAAGGAGACUGAAGACGCAAAUGCGCCGAGUGGAUCCGCUGCAGCAGGCUCCACGGUAUCGUCAUCUUCAGCGACGAACGCGGAUGAUGCAACACCAUCAACAUCUUCAGCAGCAGCGGCAGCAGCAGCUGCAUCAUCCUCUUGUGCAUCCAGAUCAGAUGGCAAGCCGAAGGAUGAUCACCUUUCGUCCCACAGGGAUGAAAUAGGCAGUAGCAGCACCCCUGGCGCUGUCUCAAGUCCCAGGCAAGGUCAAGACUCCACAGCAGCAGGCAGCGAUGUGGAAAUCAAGUUAGAGCAUCCAGCGGACUUUGCCAAUCCCAAGCUUUUGCCACCACACGCACACGGACAGCAUGAAGAUGAAUCCUAUUCGCUUUUCUUCGCCAACAACAAUUGGUACUUGUUCCUGCGACUACAUGCGAUCCUCUGCGACCGUCUGCACGAUAUGUACGAAAGGGCACGCCUGCUGGCCAUUGAGGAGGAGCGCUGCCGGGUGAACAGAAGGGAGAGUACGGCUACUGCGCUGCGGUUGAAGCCCAAGCCGGAGAUUCAAGUCGAGGACUACUACCCGACCUUUCUCGACAUGCUCAAGAACGUCCUAGACGGGAACAUGGACUCGAAUACAUUUGAGGAUACUAUGCGUGAAAUGUUUGGCAUUUACGCCUACAUCUCUUUCACGCUGGACAAAGUUGUCUCGAAUGCCGUUCGCCAGCUGCAAUACUGUGUUACAGAGCGAGCCGCCCUGGAUUGUGUUGAGCUGUUUGCCACGGAGCAGAGGCGGGGAUGCACCGGCGGCUUCUGUCGAGAUGCGCACAAGACCUUUGACCGGGAGAUGUCGUAUCAGCGGAAGGCGGAAAGUAUUCUCAACGACGAAAAUUGCUUCAAGGUGUACAUUUACAAAAUUGAUUGCCGAGUAACCAUCGAGUUGCUCGACUCUGAGCCCGAGGAAGUGGACAAGCCGGCUGCCCUAAAGGCCCAGAAGUUUAGUAAAUAUGUGGAACGAUUGGCGAAUCCUGCGCUCGGCGGCGGCGGGAAUGCUGGCUCGAGUUCAGCGCUAGGUAACGACAACAUUGUAGAGGCGUCCGAUAUCAAAACGGAGGAGGAGGAAGAUACUGCCGAGUUGGCCCGCCGGGGAGGAGGAGCACGCAAGGCGCGCUUUUUGUUGCGCAACAAGCGCCGGUCGCAGCUGCACGAGGAGCAAGUGCGUCAGUUGUUUGAACAGAAACGGACCCGCAGCGAGCAGCAGGCGACUGCAGCAGCGCCAGCAACUGAAUCCAUCUCGGUCGACAACAUCAUAUCAACCAGCAGCACCUCUGUCGUGGGCAGCAACAAUAAUAAUAACAACAACAAUAACAGCUGGGGCGGCAAACGUCUGCCGGAGAGACUGGGCGCCCCACAGGUGGGCCUGGCUGAGCAGUACGCCUUUAAUGAUCGCGACGAGAUCAAUGCCACCAACGGCCGAUGCUUUGUGACCAGCAAGAAUCUCAAGCUACUUAAGUACGAUGCAGUGCGUCGUGCCAGGAAGAGUCAUUGCCGCGUCACUCAAGCGAAAUACGCCCACUUCCAGACCUACGUUAACAAAUGGUUACAGCAGCAUGUCAGCGACCAGCUGCAGCAGAACUGCAUCGACUGGCUGCUGGGCAAGACAGCGGACCAAAUCAAUGCCAGCGGCUGGGGAUCCGCAAGCAAGACCAAGGCGAUACAGCAGAAGGACACCUCGAAGACGCCGUAUCGCAUAUACAAUAGGUACAAGGUGGUUCAGACAGCAGUCAGCGGCUCAACGAGUGGCGCUGCUUCAAACCCGGACGGAUCAGUCCAGGCGGUCAACUCAGCGCCACCAGGCACUGUUUCUGCUGUAAACAAUGUGCUGGCCCCAUCAGCAGUAUCCUCGACCACCCACUCGAUAUGCAACAGUAGCAUUUUGUCCGCGGACUCGACCACCAACGCCAAUUCUCCACCACAACAGCAGCAUUGCAAUAGUGCAGCAGCAGCGGUGGCCACACCAAAUGCAGAGGCACUGCACCAGGUGCGCCCCAUGGAGAGCUAACCGAAAAGCACAGCAGCAACAGCAACAGCAGCAGCAGCGGUCGCUGCUAGACCAGCUCCAUUCACAUGACGAUGAGGAGGGAAGGUUGUUGCAGGCCUUUCCUGCAUUGGAUGGAAAGUUUGUUUUUAAAUGUGAUACCAGUUCCUGGACGCGGUCAUUGAGAUUGCAGCUAGAACGUUCCAACUUCGACUGGUGCAAGUCCGGAUUUGCAAUGGGUAUUGGAUAUUUGAUCGAAGGAAAGCUCUGCUUCAUUUUGUACAAAAAGUCAUUUAGCUUAGGCGUUUGCUCGUAAAUAGGAAUUUUCUAGGCUUACGUUACAUACCUUUUAGAAUUAAUUUUACCGUGGCAGCGUCUUGUUUUUGGAUGCGCUUUUAGCAUUAGGGCCUAAAGUCGAUAUAAAACCCCACACACCUUAUCACAAUCGCAAGCCCACAUUAUAAGUCACUUAUAUUUUUAACGUUAAUUUGCACUGCAAACCAAUCGAGACAGUUGUGCUAGCAAUUAGAAUACAGAACUCGUCUGUUUAGCGUUUUAAGAUUUUACAGAACCACGCCCUUUACUUUUACAUAAAUGUAACGUAUUUUUUAUACAAAUCUAACAAAACGCCCACACAAACCUUGUACAAUUCCUUGUGAAUACUAUUCAUUAUAUUUUACGCGUUUAAGGUCAUUAAAGUAAGUUGUAAAAACGUAAUGAGCAGAUUAAAACAAAAGUUUAUCAAAAGUGAA